AUGUCAGAGCAGCAAUUGCCACUACAUAAAUCCAAGAUACGUUCACGUUCAUCACCUCUGAGAGAUUCAAUUACCAAAUGGAAGAUACCUCAUUAUCAUAAAAAUUCUAUUCCUAGUAAGUUAGAACUAGAGAGCUUCAAUUCUACAAAUCGUUCAGAUAAUAACACUCGUGUAUCAAAGGAAUCGAAUUUUUUUAGUAGUUCCCCCAUAGGAGAAAACACUAAAAAGAAAGUAACGGUCUCGAAGGAAAAGACUCAAAAUAGAAUAUUUGUAAAUUAUACGGUAGAAGAUAAAGAUGAUUUUUCAUUAACGGAUUCCGCAUCAUCAAUCGUCGACCUGUAUCCAAGAAGUAUUGAGAACAAACCAAAUCAAGAGACAAUCUCCAGACUGGUUAACCUCCUCGAUGAGUCCACUGAUCUCACUCCCAUAAAUUUGCUCGAUGAUAUUUCCACAGAACAAGUCAAAGUUACCAGAGGAACUACUAGAUCAAAGAGUGCAGAUUUGAAAAUGAUGCCCCCUUUAACUCCAAUUGCAAAGCACGAUAUUGCCAAUUCGAAAAACAUAUUCUUUGAUAAAUGCUGCACUGCUACUAAUGCAAUUUCACAAUCGAUGUCAAAUCAUAUAGAAAAUGAUGCCAUCACUGAAUUUAAUAAAAUUUUCAGUCCUGAUAAACGUAAGUCUGUUCCUAUCAUGGAGAAAUGUGAAACGACACCAUUAUCCGCGAGUGAUAAUUUCAUUGUCGGUGCUCUUUAUAGGUACAGAUUGUCACCGACUCAUCGUGUAAAUUCAACGAACUCACUGUCAAAUUCUAUGAAUAAAUAUCUACCUUCAAAGCAUGUCAAAACUCCAAAGAAUACUACUUCCAGGAAGAGAAUAAAUAAAUCGCCCAAUUUGAUUAAUAAAAAUGAGACAUUUAUAGACACAAACAGUACAGAAUUGCAUCGAAACAAAGCGUCUAAAAGUCUGUUGCAUGAUUCCAGAAUUGAUAUGAGUUGGAUCAUUGAAGAAUUGCAUGAAUCAUUUGAUGAUAAAUUAUUGAGAUCUCGUAAUUUCUGUGAAAGCUCAAUUUCUAUAGCUAGAGGAAACUUAUAUGAUGAUUUUGAUAUAAGUUUUCAUGGUUCAAAUAUACACAGCGGGCUUAUUGAUAAUCCUAAUGACACUACUGUCGCGAGUCAACAGUUUGAUUUUGAUAAUUUUGCCAUAACUUUACAUAAAUUGGGCACAAUACCUCAUUCAGUAAUAUCACAUAAUAGAAUUGAUGAUGAUGGCAGCAACACAGCGGCAGCUGCUGGUACGGCCAGUAUUGUAAAUAAGGCUACCAUUAGUGAAACUAGUAAUACGCGUGGGGACAAUAAUUUUAAGAAUUUUUAUAUAGACUCUUUUGUUUAA